AUGCCUGGAUACGCUCACGAGCACACCCCCACCCUUCGAGCACAUAGUCAGCUUGCGCGUCUUCCAGUAGAGCUCAUCCUAAAGAUCGGCUCCCUCUUGCAAGACAGCCCCGCCGAUCUCUGUCACUUCGCCGCAUUGACUUCAAAGAACUGGUCGAUCCUUAGGGAAGAGUGUCACCGCAUUGCAGUGAAACUGGCUGAGCCGACAGAGGAAGAAUUCAAGAAGUACCUCACUGAGACUGGUGAUGUGGACCGCCUCAUCCUUUGGGACCAAGUACAGGAGUCUGACAUCCACACGCGCUCAAAGUUUACAGAUGCAGUUAGCAAUGGUAAGCUAAAUGUUGUGGACAGCUUCUUGCAACAUGGCCUUAGCCCCAAUACUUGCAGCAUCUUUGGGAAUCGACCUUUGAAUUUGGCAGCUAACUGCCCCCGUCCCGUGGAGAUGUCCAAACUGCUCUUGAAGCACGGAGCAGAUCCAAAUUUAACAGACAUACUUACAGACAUAUUCAGCCCUCUAUAUACUGCUGCCAGCUUGGGUCAUGAGGAUUUGGUGAAUGUGUUGUUGGAUUGUGGGGCUGAUAUCAAGGUCAAGAGCGCCAUUCAAGCCAUAUGCCAUAUCUGCACGGAGGCCACAAUUGUGCGCGCCUUCGAGAUGGGUGCCGAUAUUCACUCAAUCGACGAGGGCGGCAACAAUAUACUCCAUCAUGGUGGUAGAAAUGAAUCACCUGCCGUCCUACCUAUACUUUUCAAAUUGGGCUGUCCCUUGGAGGCCGUAAACAAACAGAAUCUUCAGGGAAAGACGCCACUGAUGAAGGCUGUGAAAGGGGGCCAUGUGAACAAUGUGACAACUUUGCUUGCAUAUAACGCAGACCCUAACACUCCUCUCGCUAAUGGUGCGACUGCUUUACAUGUGGCUUGUAAUUGGGACCACGUCGAAAUUGCACGUUUGCUCAUCGACGCCGGGGCCAAGGUCGAGGUUGUCAACGGCGAUGGGUGGCGCCCUAUCCAUUUCGCAGCGUAUAAUUACUCAACCAAAAUGGUGGAGUUGCUAGUUCAGCAUGGCGCCGAUGUCACAGCUACAGACCAGCAACAGAAUACUGCACUGCAUCUGCUGUUGGCGGAAGUGACUUCCAAUGCCUCGAAGAAGUUUGUCAAAGGCAUCCUCCGGAAGGUAAAACUUCUAAUCUCGGCUAAUGCUGAUCCAACUGCAAAGAACGAUUCGGGUGACACUCCUUUGUCUCUUGCCAAGAACACUGGCCACUAUGAGAUCUAUCAUCUCCUUUCCACCCGUGAUACGCACGCACUUGAUGGCAAACCCCCGACCGGACGCGACUGGAAGGAUUACUUGCGUGAACAUGUUUAUGUUACCGAAGCGGCAUAG